AUGACCACCGAGAUCGCUCCACGAGAAGUCACCCCGCCUCCUUUACAGGCCCCUACUGCCAAAGAGAAGAAAUAUGACAGACAAUUGCGGUUAUGGGCAGCGUCAGGGCAGCGUGCUCUCGAAGAGUCCCAUGUCCUUCUAGUCGUUGGUGACGCGAACCACGGGUCCAACAGCAGUGUUGCUGGAGUCGAGGCUUUGAAGAACCUGAUCCUUCCGAGUGUUGGAAGUUUCACAAUAGCGGACUCUGCGCAAGUGACAGAACUAGACCUGGGUAUCAAUUUUUUCUUGGAAACGGACAGCCUCCACAAGUCAAGAGCAGAAGAGACAAAGCGGCUCCUAUCAGAGUUGAAUCCGGACGUUACAGGUCAUGCGAUCACCGCGCCACUGGCAGAGUGGCUCCCUGUCGAAGGGACAUUGACGCCUUACAACCUUAUCCUUGUGUGCGCUCCUGUUCCCACCGAGAUCCUUCAGAGAAUAAGCUUCUAUGCGCUACAAAAUUCAAUACCAACGAUCUACGUCCAGUCCGUCGGCUUCUAUGCAUCUUUUUCAAUUCAACUCCCUGCCGAGUUUCCCAUUGUCGAUACUCAUCCUGAUCCUGAGAGUACUCAGGAUCUCCGCCUCCUGGCCCCUUGGCCUGAAUUGGAAGCUGCGGUGGACUCGCUAGGCGACAUUUCUUCGCUUCCCGACCACGACCAUGGCCAUAUCCCAUACAUUCUGCUCCUGCUCUACUAUCUGAGACAAUGGAAGGCUAGUCACGACGGAAGCCCCCCUUCGAGCUUCAAAGAGAAGACGGAAUUUCGCGACCUUGUACGUUCGGGCGCCAGGACAGACAAUCCUGAAGGAGGCGAAGAGAAUUUUGAUGAAGCGUGUGCGGCUGUCUUAAAGUCAAUUGGUCCACCUCCGGUAGGCAGCGGUUGCAAGGAAAUGAUAGCCAUGCCUUCAUGUGCCAACUUGACUGCUGGCUCGGCCAAUUUCUGGAUCAUCGCAAAUGCCAUCAAAACGUUCUACGACACACAUGGCGUUCUUCCGCUGCCUGGGUCCUUGCCGGACAUGAAAGCCACGAGUGCAGAGUAUAUCAAGCUGCAAGGUAUCUACAAGGCAAAGGCAAGAUCCGAUGUUGCAGAAGUGACGGCGACUGUCCGCCAGAUUGAGACAUCGUUGUCGCGAGAGGCACCGAUUGCAGACUCCGAAAUCGAAGCCUUCUGCAGAAAUGCGUCUCACGUCCGCGUCCUUACAAAUCCCAGCCACGAAGCAUUUCCGUCUUUGCGGCUCGCCGGUGGCGAUGCUAAAACCAUCUCCCGGCUCGCCUCCCUUCUUGAGAAUGACUGGGAAGCCAUGCUACCAGUCUUCAUUGCGCUGAAUGCGAAGGUCAACCCCUCCCAGCCUCUCGAUGUAACUUCUUUAUCAUCCGACCCGGAGACGCAGGAAAAUCUGACGAAAGCCAUAGCGGAAGUGGAACGUUUGUCGGGCGGCGAAUUGCACAAUAUCUCCAGCGUGAUUGGCGGCGUUGUGGCGCAGGAGUCGAUCAAGCUGCUCACAAGGCAGUACGUCCCUGUUGAUGGGACAUGUGUGUUUGACGGCAUCAGGAGCAAAAGCGACGUCUUCAAGAUAUAG